AUGGUUGGUGAUGCUAUCCUGCAACGAGAUUUCAAGGAAACAGAAAAAAUUAUUUCUCUCUUAUAUCUCUAUCUACUUCUCUCUCUCUCUCUCUCUCUCCCUCUCUCUCUCUCUUUCUACUUAUCUCUAUAUUCUUCUCUCUCUCUCUCUUUCUCUUUUUGUCUCUCUCUCGAUUUAACUCUCUCUCUCUCUAACUCUCUUUCUCUCUAUUUAUCUUUCUCUCUAUUUAUCUCUCUCUUUAUCUUCUACUUAUCUCUCUCUAUCUCUCGCUAUUUAUCUCACUCUCUUUAUCUCUCUCUAUUUAUCUCUUCUCUCUUUCUAUUUAUCUAUUUACUUAUCUCUCUUUUUUUUUUUUAUCUCUCUCUAUUUAUCUCUCUUUGCAUUUAUAUUUCUGUUUUUCUCGCUCUUUAUCUAUCUAUCUAUCUAUCUAUCUAUCUAUCUAUCUAUAUAUAUAUAUAUAUAUAUAUAUAUAUAUAUAUAUCUACCUCACUAUCUCUGUAUCGUUCUCUUUACCUCUCUCUCUCUAUUUAUCACUCUCUUUAUCACUCUCUUUACCUCUUUCUCUCUCUCUAUCUAUUUCGAUCUUUUUAUCUCUUUCGUUUUUUCUUUCUCUCUCUUUAUGUCGUUUUCUUAAUCUCUCUCUUUACCUCUCACUCUCUCUUUUUUUUGACUGAAUUUACUUUGAUUUGUAAUCAACAAUGCUGCGUCAUUCACUGA